CUUUGUCAACAGCAGAAUUUGACCUUAUUAAGUACUUGAGAUCACAUAGUAGAUCAUCGGCGAAUGAAAGAAAAUCUCAAAUACAAUGGAAGGUUUUGCAAGUCCGUGUGCAAAAAUCAGUUUGCACUUCGACAUGUCUUCGAUUCCAGAUCGAAAAACCCUAAUGGUAUUGAAGAAAGACGUAUGGUUUCAUCUUCAAAUAAAAUUGUAGUACACGCAGAAGAAGUAGAAGAACUGAUCACGACCCUCUACAACCGCAGCAAAGGCGCUAAUGCAAAGACACUGUAUGGUCUAAUUUCAAAGCACUUUGCCGGGGUGGAUGAAAGUAUCAUUCAAACACACAUUAGUGCAACACGAGAAGCCCAGUCUUUCCACCCUAAGUUUUAACAAGGCACCUUUGCAGCCUAUAACCGCUUCUGAAGUACAGGAGCGAAGUCAGUUAGAUCUGGUAGACUUCUCAGAUCUUCCAGUUGAAGUUGAGCCAGACGGUCUGACGUGCAGGUAUGUCCUUAGCGUUCUAGAUGUGUUCAGCAGGCAUUUGUUUCUCCGGCCAUUGUCUGGAAAUUCUCCUUACCUGGUGGCUCAAGAACUGAUUGAUAUCUUCUACAUCGUUAGUCCACCGAGAAUAAUUCAGACAGAUCAGGGCACCGAGUUUCGAGGAAUGGUUGAAAUGUUGUCCUCAGCCAUGAAUAUCACUGUAAUUCGUAGCAGGCCUUACCAUCCACAAUCUCAGGGAAAGGUUGAGUCUAUAUACAUACCGUACGCCACAAAAGCACUAGUAUGACUUACCAGUGAUAUAUCGCACAUUGAAAAAUCUAAUCAG